CUGCACAACAAACGCAAUGUAAAAGAGAAAAAACCCACCCUGACCACCUUUCACCGAAAAGUGCAAGCACUCCAACACAUUCUUGACUUUAAAUUAAGCACAUUAUAUACUCUCAUUAAAGCAUAUAUUUUUUUUCCAAAAUCAUCUCUACUCCUUUAGUCUUGCGUGUGCUCAAGUGACUUUUACCUUACUCCAUCUUUUCUCUUUCUUUUCAUACAGAGAGUGGGGGGAAAUAGAGGGAUCACUUGGUUCUCUCAGGGAAUCUGUCAGCAGCAGAGGGAAAGAAACAAUGUAUUGGAUUGUGAAGAAAAGGAGAUAUUUGGGUUGUUGAAAACAGUUGGGUUUCUUGCUGAAUUUUCAGAGGGAACAGUGAAGCUGAAAUCUGAAUUUCCCUGGAUUUUGGGGAGAUGGGUGUUGUCACUGUUGCUGAAUUGAAGCCAAGCAUAUCAGGGAAGAGAUCUUUUCGGCCAAGCUCCAGCAUAAGGCAUGCCACUGAAUGGCCGAUUUCUGAUGUUUCCAGUGAUCUUACAUUUGAAGUUGGAGAAUCAAGCUUUGCACUUCACAAGUUUCCUUUAGUUUCUCGGAGUGGAAAGACUCGGAAGCUGUUGCUUGAUGUCAAAGAUUCAAAAAUUCCUCGCAUAACUCUGCCUUCUUUUCCUGGAGGACCAGAGGCAUUUGAGCUUGCUGCAAAAUUCUGUUACGGGAUACAUUUUGAGAUUACACUAUCAAAUGUUGCUAUGUUAAGAUGUGCAGCUCAUAUUCUGGAAAUGACAGAAGAGUUUGCAGAGAAGAACCUGGAAAAUCGAACUGAGGCUUAUUUGAAGGACAUGGUGCUUCCGAAUAUAUCAAAUUCAAUAUCUGUUCUCCACCAGUGUGAGAGCCUUCUGCCUGUAUCCGAAGAGAUCAAUCUGGUUAACAGGCUUAUCAAUGCAAUUGCAAAUAAUGCAUGCAAAGAGCAGCUCACCUCUGGUUUAUUGAAACUUGACCACAAUUUUCCAGGAAAAUCCAUGCCAAACAUGGAACCAGAAACACCCUCAGAUUGGUGGGGAAAGUCUCUCGCGGUGCUUAAUCUUGAUUUCUUCCAAAGAGUUCUUUCUGCUGUGAAAUCAAAAGGCCUAAAACAGGAUAUGAUCAGCAAAAUUCUGAUAAACUAUGCUCAUACUUCUCUUCAAGGACUUGUUGUGAGAGAUCCUCACUUGGUUAAAGGAAGUCUGCAGGAUUUGGAGCAGCAGAAGAAGCAAAGAGUCAUUGUUGAAGCAUUAAUAAGCUUACUUCCGACUCAAUCCAGGAAGAGUCCAGUACCAAUGGCGUUUCUCUCAAGUUUGCUGAAAAAUGCAAUAGCAUCCUCCGCAGCCACUUCUUGCAGAUCCGAUCUGGAGAGGCGGAUCGGCCUGCAACUCGACCAGGCAAUUCUUGAAGACAUCCUGAUUCCUUUGAAUUCACACGGGAACAGUCAUUCAAGCAUGUACGACACAGAUUCGAUCCUCAGGAUCUUCUCCAUAUUUCUGAAUCUUGAUGAAGACGACGAUGAAGAUAAUCCUUUGAGAGAUGAAAGCGAAAUGGUUUAUGAUUUUGACAGUCCUGGAUCUCCAAAACAGAGUUCAAUUCUCAAAGUAUCGAAAUUAUUGGAUAAUUACCUCGCAGAAGUGGCGUUAGAUCCAAAUUUGUUACCGUUGAAAUUCAUCGCACUUGCAGAAUUGCUUCCGGAUCAUGCUCGAAUCGUCAGCGACGGAUUAUACAGAGCUGUAGAUAUCUUCCUCAAGGUUCAUCCAAACAUAAAGGAUUCAGAACGUCACCGGCUGUGCAAAACGAUCGACUGUCAAAAACUAUCUCAAGAAGCGUGCAGCCACGCAGCACAGAACGAGCGGUUACCUGUACAGAUGGCGGUUCAGGUGUUGUACUUCGAGCAAAUCCGUCUUCGUAACGCGAUGAGCGGCGGCCACAACCAGUUCUUCUUCGGUGCGAUUAACGGUCAGUUUCCUCAGCGAUCGAGCAGCGGAGCGGGGAGCGGUGCAAUCUCUCCGAGAGACAACUACGCGUCGGUGAGGAGAGAGAACCGAGAGCUAAAGCUGGAAGUGGCGCGGAUGAGGAUGAGGCUAACGGAUCUGGAAAAAGACCACGUUUCAAUGAAACAGGAUCUGGUGCGCUCCCAUCCCGCCAACAAGCUAUUCAAAUCGUUCACUAAGAAACUAAGCAAGCUAAACGCCCUGUUCAGGCUCAACAACCUGAAGCCAAUUGGCGGCAAGGCGAACUCGGAUUCCCGAUUCCCGUUCCAGAAACGGCGGCGACACUCAGUUUCUUGAGCUCGUGAUGAUUUGACGGGGAUGGUCAUCUGUAAAGAGAUAGAGAGCGUGUGUGUGAUUUGUAUAGUAGUAAUGUGUAGUGUGAUAAUUAAUUAAUUUCCAUAGGUUAAUUCUUGAAUGUGGUUUUUAUUUCUGAUCACGUUUGAGUUGGGAGAUCACUACCUUGACAUUUUAUUAGGGGAGAAAGGCAAUUUGGUGAAAACUUGUAGUUCUAUAUGCUUGAGGAUUUGUGUGAUAUUCCAAAUGUAAGCAAGUUUUGGUUCGGUGAUCAAGUCACGCCCAUCAAUUAUUAC